AUGCUAUCUCUUGUGCUCACAGCCGAGCUGGAAGGCUCCCCGCAUCGUGCAACAAUUUUUGAUGCAGGCCGCGCAGAAGCAUUAAAUUCACUCCUUGACCUAAGGAUCGUUGAUGCGGCACCCCAACUGACUCUUUCUGGUAGUGUCACUUCUCUUCGGCCAAUUGACACCGAGGAGGACCCCUACUACUACACAUUCCGGGUGAAGUGCACAUCUUGCCAUGAGGUUCAUGCCAACUGGGUGGGCUUCAACCGCUUCGAGCAACACGAGAUCCCCGGCAGCCGGGGCGAGGCAAACUUUGUCUGGAAAUGCCGUCUCUGCACCAAAACCCAUUCUGCUUCCAUCAUCUCCGGUCCCAAUGCCUACGAGCUCCAAGAGAAGAAGACCGGUCAGAAGAUUAUCGAGAUGGACUGCCGUGGUCUGGAGUUUAUCGAGUUUAAGCCCGCAGAGGGAAAAUGGGAAGCCAAGGGUGUUGAGUCCCCCACCAAAUUCUCUGACAUUGAGCUCGAUGAAGGCGAAUGGUACGACUACGAUGAGAAGACCAGCGAGGAAGUCAGCAUCAAGGAUAUCACCUGGUCGGUUGGUCGGGCAUAA